AAGCUCAAACAUGCCCAAAUACAACUAUUGCACCAGCUCAUGGUAUUUUGUUGGCAAAAGAAACCAAAACCUUGAUAAAUGAAGCCCAUAUGGUGCGACAACGAAUUAAUUAUAACUUGAACUCUCUUCUUACAGUUUUUGAUCAGUCUUAUUGUGGUAAUUUUACACAAAUAAGAAGUUGGUUGGACAAAGAAGUUAAAUAUUAUACCUCUAAAAAUCCUCUGAGUAGUAAAAAUCGUAAAACUCGAAGUAUAUGGGGAGACAUAGCGGGGGUAUUUGGUUCUGUCAAUUCAAUUAGUAAUACUGCUCAAAUGAAUCAACUAAGCGAGUAUACUCAGUGGGUGGGGACAAUGUCUGGGAAAGGACUCACUGAGGCUCUUCAGGGUUCUCUACAUAUUAUAGCAGCGGGUCAGCAUCUUAAUGAUGCUGCAAAGGAAUUGGCAGAUGCAUUAACAAAAUCGUCUAAUUUUGAGACCCAUCGUGCGGCGUGUUUAUUUUUAGCUCAGAAUUUAAAGGAUCAAAUGGUAGAAGAUAUUCAAGUUAUUCGAAUGGGACAAGUUCCUGAGCGAAUAGCAGAAUCUUUGUUAGUGGUUUUCGGUAAUCAGCUUAAUUUGACUUCUGCUAAACAUAUUCCAUUAGUUAAAAUCGCUAUUAAUGAAAAUUCGUUGUCAGGUUCUGGAAUGUUACCUUUGAUUAUGAUAUGGCCUCAAUAUGGGAAGCGCAAUAUUAUGACAGUCAGGCAAUUCCAAUCAAUGGGUGUUAGACAAGGAAAUUCAGUAAUUAGAUUAGGAAGGAAUGGAUAUUGGGCUGACGGCGAUACACCAAUGAUUUCUACCACAGACUGUUGUGUUGAGGAACAUGAGUGGGUAAUUUGCUCAUGCUCUACAAUGUUUAGUCUAUCUCUUAAUGGUUCUGCUGUUUGGGAAGUAGUUCCUUUAGAUCAAGCAACAGGUGCAUGGCAGGUGUCAGAAGCACAGUGGUGUAUAUUACAUGAUGGAAUAAGUGAAAAUAUGAUAUACGGGGGAAAGUUGUGUCCAAUUCCUCCUGAUCCAUUUUGCCUUGAGAUUCUCUAUCCUCUUCACUUGGGUGGAAUUCAUGUUCCACAUGUGCAAUUGUUGCAGUUAGAACCACAAUGGUGGAAUAAUGAUCUAGUAGAAGAACGGAAUUAUGAACUCUUUGAGAUGGUUAGAAUAGUUAAAAAGAGUGUAAAAGCAGCUCAAGAGGAGGGAAUUCAAGCAAUGGGUCAUGUUAUUGUAGCAAAUGGAGUAGCUAAACUAAUGUCUGAGAGGAAACUACCACGAAUCCUAGGGAAUUUAUCAUGGUCAGAUUGGAUAGUUUUGACUAUGGUAGGAGUUUUUGUGUUCAUGCUAAUAAUCCAAGACCGGGAAUCAGUGAGUCCAAUCCCAGGCCUCACCCUUGGUGAGGCAAAGCAAACAUGGAAAAACGCGGCCCACCCUGCUCUCCGGAACAGGCAUAAGGACUUAGCGUGGAUGGUGGCCCAUGAGAUCCUCCUGGUCAGGGCGGUUAUGCACUCCAGAGGCAUGGCCAAAGACUCAACCUGUCCACGGUCCGGGUGCAAUUGCCCGGAGACCGUGCGGCAUCUGCUCUGGGAGUGCCGUGCUGCGCGGGACCUGUGGACCAGGACCAGCCCCCUGGUUUUCCCGUGCCUGCCAGCGGGUGGGGUCCAGAUGGAAUACAAGCUCGCCAUCCUGGGGGUGGGUCAGGGCUUGAAGGAGAUGACAUCGAAACAAUUUACCUCGCUCUGGCUCACCCUCAACCAUAUCAAGGAUGCCAUCUGGACCACCAGAAACCUGCUGGUGGGGAAACGCGUUACGGUGCCCCUCCACGCGUGCGAGCAACUUGUAAGAUCAACGCUGCAGGAGGCGCCGGACGUCGUUAUUCGGAUGGGGGGGCUGCGGUCGCACGAAAGAGGUCCCGGCCACCGCCGUACCUGGCCGCCCGUAGAUGCACCCUCACCAACGCCGGCUACGGGAACAGCGGGCCAGCGGACCGGAGGGAGGGGACCUCCGCUGGGCACUGGAAACGCUGGGCCGGUUGCCUGUUCCGGAGAGAGGAGUGAUGGGAAAUCUUGA